AUGUCUUCACUAACCAUCUCAACAUCAUCCACAUUCAUCAUCUUCUUCUUUCUUUGUCUCAUCACCAAUGGCCUAGCUGCUGAUUUCCAUGUCAAAAGAUAUGGAGCAAAAGCCAAUGGCAACUCAGAUGAUAGCCAGGCGAUUAUGAGGGCUUGGAAGGAUGCUUGCAUGUCAAGAAAGGCAAGCAAAGUAGUGAUAUCUGGUGGGAGAUAUGUGGUGAAUUCGAUGAAGUUUAAAGGGCCAUGCAUGGCACCCAUUCAUAUUCAAAUGGAGGGCAGACUCGAAGCGCCCCUCAAUAUUCAACACAUGAAAUCUGACGACAAUUGGAUCAUUUUUGAGUACAUCAAUGCUUUAACAAUUUCUGGAAAAGGCAUUUUUGAUGGCCGAGGAUCUCUUGCUUGGAAGCAAAAUCAAUGCGCUUCUUCUGGCAAAUGCGACUCUCUCCCUAUUAGCUUGAGAUUCUACCGCCUCAACAACACUAUAAUUCGAGGCAUAACUUCAACAGACAGCAAGUUCUUCCACAUGAACCUGCACAACUGUAGGAACAUGACCCUUCAAAACAUCAUCAUCAAUGCCCCUGGCGUAAGUCCCAACACCGACGGGAUCCAUAUUGGAGGAUCGAGUGGGGUGACUAUAAGCAAUGCCAGGAUCGAAACGGGUGACGAUUGUGUCUCGAUCGGCGACGGAAGCCAACAGAUAACCAUCGAGAAGGUGACAUGCGGUCCUGGCCACGGGAUUAGCAUUGGAAGCCUUGGAAAGUACAAGAAUGAGAAGCCAGUGUCUGGAGUCAUUGUCAGAAAUUGCACAAUCAAAAACACCAUGUUCGGAGUUAGGAUCAAAACAUGGCCAGAUUCUACGCAAGGGAUUGCCACCAAUAUGCACUUUGAUAGCAUUGUGAUGAACAAUGUUGGCACUCCUAUCCUAAUUGACCAACAAUAUUGCCCAUAUGGAAAGUGUCGAUUCAAGAUUCCAUCCAGAGUUGCAAUAAGCGAUGUCAGAUUCAGGAACAUCGUAGGGACAUCGACAACUCGAGUGGCUGUAAAGCUUGUGUGCAGCCGAGGGUAUCCGUGCAAGAACGUGAAGCUAUCAAACAUAAACUUGAGAUACAUAGGCACCAAUGGCACAGCCAUAUCAGAAUGUUCGAAUGUGAAGCCUACAAUAUCUGGAAGAGUGAUGCCGCCACCCUGCACUAGGGCCUUUGCAAUAUGAUUCAUCCAAAACCCAACAAAACAAAACAUAUGAAUAUAUGAAUACUAGCACCCUUUCAUGCUUUUUAAUGUACAUGAGCAUGAUGAGAGGUGAAGUUUCAAUG